GCGGAAGACCCUGCGCUGAGAGGAGGGGCGGGGACGGGACAACGCGCCUGGAAGGGGAGGAGGAAAAAAGAGACCAUAGACUUUCACCUGGGCCUAGAAGGUCUCUUAAAGUAGUGGGGAGAGGAGGGCGGGCGGGGACCACCUUCAGAGCUGGCCGCCGGCGGUGUCAUGGCGACCCGGAACCCCCCUCCCCAAGAGUAUGAAAGCGAUGACGAGUCUUACGAAGUGUUGGAUUUAACUGAGUAUGCAAGAAGACACCAUUGGUGGAAUCGAGUGUUUGGCCACAGUUCCGGACCUAUGGUUGAAAAAUACUCGGUAGCCACCCAGAUUGUAAUGGGUGGAGUGACUGGCUGGUGUGCGGGAUUUUUGUUCCAGAAAGUUGGAAAGCUUGCAGCAACUGCAGUAGGUGGUGGCUUUCUUCUUCUUCAGAUUGCCAGUCACAGUGGCUAUGUGCAGAUUGACUGGAAGAGAGUUGAAAAAGAUGUAAACAAAGCCAAAAGACAGAUUAAGAAACGAGCAAAUAAGGCAGCACCUGAAAUCAACAAUAUAAUUGAAGAAGCAACAGAAUUUAUCAAACAGAACAUUGUGAUAUCCAGUGGAUUUGUGGGAGGCUUUUUGCUAGGCCUUGCAUCUUAAGCAUAUGAAUGUUCUAUCACAGUGGAGUCACCUAUAAGAAGAGAAAUGGUGGCAACAAGGUUUCUCGACAAUACUCACCGCCAGAUUCUCCAGGGCAGCAAGAAACAACUAGGUGGACAGUACCAAACCCACAGCUUAGUGUUUUGCCAUUGAAGUUUGGCAAACUAGUAUUUGCUGUAAAAACAACCUAUAUGGUAUGUGUACAAUAGUAUUCCUAAGCAAAACAUGCCUUUCAUUUAUUUUUUUAAAAUAUGCAUUUGUUUUGAAAUUAGCCUAUGAAAUACCACCAUUGGAUGUAGAUAUACAGAGGGAAAAAAUGUGUUGGAUAUAUUCCCCAGUGAAAUAUUAUCGUUGUUUUAUUUAAAUAAGAUGUUCUUCAUUUUGCUUUAUAGUAUAGUGCUGGUAAUUAAAAAUUUGUAUUAUAGCUUCAACAUUGCGGUUGGCUUUUUUUUUUUUUUUUAAAGAUAUGUUUGCAGUAAACUGAAGAACUGUAAUGCCCUUUUGUGGAAGGAUUUAGAAGUAAUAGAAUUAUUAAAGAUAUUAAACAGAUUUAAUAUCAGUUUUUAGGUGGUGGUUUUCUACAAUUCUUACUUUGCUUCUAUAAGUAUAGUAAACAGUUUCAAGGAAGACUUUUCUAAGGAAGUACUUAUGUCUAAAGCUGUUUCUCUCUCUCUUUUUUUGAUGUCUGUAGUUGCAGAAAUUUCUUGUAUAUAAGCUUCUUUAAUUUAUUUAUCCUGGCAGCCUGGGCAGAACUAAUUAUUUUGAGGGUACAAGUAGUUGGGUCACUGAUUCAUUUUAUUAACCUUGAGUGAACCUCCUUUCUCAUUUCUGAAAAUCCUAAUUAUUAUUUUGGCCCCUUCUUCACAAAGAGGUAAAAAUUACUUUGAAAUACUUAGUAGUAUGGUAUGAAUUUACUAUCUGAAAGACAGUGAUUUUCUGUCAUUAUAAAACUGUACCUUAAAGAGAAUUGUCUGUCUGAUCUAAUCUGAGAUGUAAGUGCUAAGGCUUUCAGGUUUUGGUAGCAUUGUGUUGAAGACUAGGCCAGUUGACUUGUUUCUCCGGGCCACAUCAUGCUCUCUCAGAGGCUCCUUUGCCCCGAAAAGCUCUCUGUGUGAUUCAUCUUGUUCAUAGAAUUCUAUGUUGGUGGGCGCCUGGGUGGCUCAGUUGGUUAAGCGACUGCCUUCGGCUCAGGUCAUGAUCCUGGAGUCCCCGGAUUGAGUC